CAGCUUCACUGUGAAAUUAUCUCGGCUAAAGCGGAAACUAAACUAUUUGUAUUUCCCCUGCUCUGAAAAUGUAGAUUAGCUUAAUUUUGAAGCUACUCACAGUUAGCAGCUAACAGCUAGCACAGUACUUCCAAAACCAAAACUCUUCCCGGGAAUAAAAUUCCGUUAGAAAAUAAAUCCCCUAAAAAUGUAGUUGGGUUCCACCCAGGGUUACGUGUUUCGGCAAGCUAACAGCUCGCUAGCUGCUAGUGGCGAGUGGUUAGCGGGUAGCGGUGGCGCGGGGCUAGGUGCGGGCAGAGCGGGGGUGCGAUGGAGUACCACUCCGGUGGCAGCCUGCCCCUGCUGGGGAGACCGCGGUACUGCCCUGGGGCCAAUGCUAACGGAGGAUACCUGUGUGAGACGGGACACUGCUGCGGAGAGACCGGCUGCUGCACCUACUACUAUGAACUCUGGUGGUUCUGGCUGCUGUGGACCGUCCUCAUCCUGUUCAGCUGCUGCUGUGCGUACCGACACCGCCGAGCCAAACUGAGAGUUCAGCAGCAGCAGAGACAGAGAGAGAUCAGCCUGCUGGCCUACCACGGAGCCAACUCCUACCCCUCGUCCAUGCUGGACCUCAGUUUCCUGGCGUCUCUGAAGCUGCCGUCCUAUGAGGAGGUGGCAGCUCAACCCUCCACCCCUCCUCCGCCAUACAGCUCUGUGUUCACUUCCCCACGUUACCCGCAGCCCCCGCGCGCCGCCGACCCCCACCUGCUCACGCAGCACGACCCGCUGUUGCACCGGCCGCUCAGCACCGGCCCGUCCUCGCUCAGCUCCGACAACAGCUCCAGUUGUUCCUGUGACUCCUGCUGCCCCUCCUCUCCGUGUAGCUCCUCCCUGUCGGCCCCCGUCACGUAUGAGACUGACACAAGCCACGCCACCACACCUGGCGAGGCCACGCCCCUCACCUUUGAUGUCACUUUGGAAACCAUCUCCGCCGCUGCAACCUGUUUGGAGGUAAAUGAAACACAAUUUGUUUCUGAGAGGAUGGUUGGCACAGUGGCCAUUGACAUCAUUGAUGAAGACGCUAACGGAGCACAGGAACCCAAUUCCACUAAUUCAUCGGUUCCCAACCAGACUGUUACUGUGGCGGUUGUUACCAGGGCGGCCUCCCCUCAGCCUCUGCCCUCUCCCAGGACAGAGGUGGCUCUUUCUGUUCUAACUACAUCUCCCAUGAAGCAACAGCUCGAAUUAGCACCGUGUACCCCACUUGUCAGCCCAGUUACACUCCCAAGUCCAAGUGUUGUUGACACAACACUCCCCUCCAUCCAGAUAAUAAGCAUUGAGAGUCCAGCUGAGGGCCCCGAAACUACCCCUGCCCCAAAAAUCACCUCAAUGUCAGGCCCUCCUACCCCAACAGCUUGCACUUCUGGCAGUCCUACAGAAACUCAAACCCUUGAUCUAACAAGAACUUUUGAUACCGCUACCCUUUCUAGUAGCCCAACCUCAUUACUGUCCCCAGAUGAUAGAAGAACUUUGACCCUCAUAACAAGCUCUGCUAGUCUCCCAACCUCAGACCCAAAUCCUAGCCUUGUGCCGAUCCCGGCACCUUCAAACCUUACCCAAGCUCCUGCCCCAGUACCUUCAAACAAUACCCGGGUGCCUUCCCCAGUUCAUUCAAACAUUACCCAAGUUCCUUCCCCAGUACCUUCAAGCUUUACCCAAACUCUAGACCCAGGACCUUCAAACAUUACCCAAGUUCCAGAUCCAAUACUUACAAACCUUACCCAAGCUCCUGCUCCAGUACCUUCAAGUCUUAUCCAAGUACCAGAACAACUACCUUCAAACAUUACCCAAACUCCAGACCCAGGACCUUCAAACCUUACCCAAGCUCCUGCUCCAGUACCUUCAAGUCUUAUCCAAGUACCAGAACAACUACCUUCAAACAUUUCCCAAGUUCCAGACCCAGUUCUUUCAAACAUUUACCAAGCUACCGACCCAAUUCUAACCCCCCUUACCCCCUUACCUCCCAGCCCAACAUCAGGCUUGCCCCAACACCCAGGGUCUGUUGCUGUUCUUGUGUCUUGUCUCGAUCCAGCUGCAGUACCAGCUGAUUCAGGUCCUUCUCUGGUCCUGUCUCAAUCGUCAGAGUCAGUGGGCUCCAGAUCAGGUCCACUGUCUACUCCUGCCCCAGUGCUGACUUUCCCAACACAUGCAUCCUCCGCUUCCUCUUCCUCCUGCCCAGCCAUAACCAUAAACUCUGAAUCUUCUUACACUUCACCUGCAGCCUUUUCCCCAUCCUUGACCCCAUCCCUUCCUUCUCCUUCUUCCCUUCCCACCUUUCCAGCCCUGUCUUCUACUUCCCUCCCGGCCCCAGCUUUACUCCUUGACCCCCUCAGUGCUCUGCACCAGUCCAACAAAGGUGGAUCCUCCCCUGGCCAUGCUUCCUCCCUCUCCCCCUCGCCUCGUGCUACUCAGUCCCCUCCGAAACAAACUCUCUUUUCGCCCUGCGUGGAUAUCUUUGAACCGGGACCUCCGAGCUGGGAGGAAGGAGAGGAGGAACAGGAGGAGGAGGACAAUGAUGAUGAUGAAGAUGAGGACAUGGGAGCAGAUGAGAGCCAGUAUAGACAUCGGCGACUUACCGGUGACUCUGGCAUCGAGGUGUGCAGGUGUCGGGUGGAGGAGGAGGACGAGGAGGAGGAAGAGGAGGAGGGGGAAAGGAAGGAGGAUGGCCGGAAAGGAGGAGGAGGGGAGAGGGAUUCAAAAGGAGGCGGAAACACUGAUCUCCAUGAUAGCGUGGACUGCCCUGCUAGAGGUCAGGUCACCACAGGGGAAGGACUUACACUGUGUAACUCCACGCCAACGCCAACGUCCGAGGACAGUUGCAAAAUCGUCAUUGUCAUGGAGACUGUGUGAUUGACAGAAGUUGUCGGAUCAAAUAAUUCGUCACCCAGACAAGGGAUAAUGUUAAUAAUGGCGUCCACCUUUGAAACGGUUUUUUGAGAUUGGUCUGUAACCGCGGAGGUUUUGAACACACAUGAUUGUAAUUGUGGAUCAGUUACGUCACGGUAAUAAUGUUGUCGGACCAGCAUAGGUGUUAGGAAGUUAGGAAGUGAUUCUACAGGAAGCAUUAGAUCAUUACAACAUGGUUUCUUCAACGGUUAGUUGGGAUAGUUUAGUCAGAUGUGGUUCGGGAAGAUUCUGCAUGGCGAGUGGAGAGGCGUUUACUCAUAUUGCAUCCAGAGUGGAUACAAUUUUAACAACUACAACAAGACAAAACUGGUGUCAGCAGUUUGUAAAAUGUCAAGAAGAACUACGACACCUGGUCCCCAUUUUGAACCUAACAGAAGUUUUACAGUUAACACAAACAACAUUUAGCAAUCCACCAUUACGUAACUAUGGAGAGUUGUUUAUGAAGCAGUGGCUAUGAACUGAAAGCUCAAACUGAUCUCAUGAAAUGGCGUAUGUAUGACACGCCAAUUUGUAUGCCAUUAUUGGCGUGUUAUCAAGACGCAUACUUUUUAGCGUGUUUAUCAACG